AUGGCUUCAUACGAGGAGAUCUUAGCAACAUUGCCAGACAAAGUGGCCGAACCGGCAUUGGGACAAACUGGAUUCCCAGGGUACCUUACUGACUCCGAAAAGUCGGCAUUAGAACAGCUCAAGACUUUGUUGGAGGCUGAGGGCUACACUCUUCGUCUCGAUGAGCCAACUUUGCUGCGUUUCUUGCGCGCUCGUAAGUUUGAUAUCAUGAAGGCUAAAGAGAUGUUUGUGAGCUGCGAAGCUUGGAGAAAGGAGUUCAAAACCGAUACCAUUCUUACUGAUUUCCACUACGACGAGAAGCCUAAGGUGGCUAAGUACUACCCGCAAUACUACCACAAGACUGACAAGGACGGUCGUCCAGUCUACAUUGAAGAGUUAGGCUCUGUCAACUUGACCGAGAUGCUCAAGAUUACUACACAGGAGAGAAUGUUGAAGAACCUUGUUUGGGAAUACGAAUCGUUUGUCAGAUAUAGAUUGCCUGCUUGUUCCAGAAAAGCGGGAACUCUUGUUGAGACCUCGUGUACCAUUCUCGAUUUGAAAGGAAUAUCCAUCUCGUCGAUUUCGCAAGUGUUAUCCUAUGUUCGUGAGGCAUCAAAGAUCGGACAAGAUUACUACCCAGAGAGAAUGGGUAAAUUCUACUUGAUCAAUGCACCAUUUGGGUUCUCCACGGCAUUCAGACUUUUCAAGCCAUUCCUGGACCCAGUUACUGUGUCCAAGAUCUUCAUCCUUGGUGGCAGCUACCAGAAAGACCUGCUGAAACAGAUUCCUGCUGAGAACUUGCCUGUCAAGUUUGGAGGAAAGAGUGAGGUCAGCGAAGCCGAGGGCGGAUUACUUCUUUCUGAUGUUGGGCCAUGGAGAGAUCCGCAAUACAUUGGCCCUGAGGGUGAAGCUCCAAGAGCUUUUAAAGGCUGA